AUGAAUAACUACACCAAGACUUUCAGACUGAACACAGGCUCUGAUAUCCCUGGCGUAGGAUUUGGGACAUGGCAGGCAGCCCCAGGUGAGGCCGGUAGUGCCGUUAAGAUUGCUAUAAAGUCGGGAUAUAGACACUUGGACUGUGCUCCUCUAUAUUGGAAUGAAGCAGAGAUUGGGCAAGCGCUCUCCGAAGUGCUCAAGGAAACCUCAAUAUCUCGAUCCGAAAUAUUCAUAACUACAAAAUUAUGGUCCUCACAACAUUCAAAUGUCGAAUCUGCUCUUCUUCAGUCUUUGAAAGACCUCCAACUCGAUUAUGUUGACCUAUACCUUAUGCACUGGCCAGUUUCUCUUCCGCCAAACGAUCCUUCAAAACCUAAUUUCGGCAAAGAAGACCGUACGUUACACGCCUCAGACUGGGACUUUUCGAAAACUUGGGCUGCGAUGGAGGUUCUAUUAUCCACUGGCCUUGUCAAAGCCAUCGGUGUGGCAAACUUUUCCACGGUCAACCUCGAGAAACUACUCAGAACAGCAAAGGUGAUUCCUGCAGUUAACCAAACAGAGCUGCACCCUCUACUACCUCAAAACAAGCUUCACGAAUUUUGCACGAAGCACGGCAUACACCAAACCGCGUUCGGGCCGCUUGGCGGUAAAGGUUCAACGCUACAUACGCACAAAGACGUGAUAGAGGUUGCAGAGCAACGGAAGGCAACCCCUGCACAAGUGCUUCUCUCUUGGGGUUUGAGCCACGGGUGGAGUGUCAUCCCCAAAAGCGUGAAUGCCGAAAGGAUACAGGGGAAUUUGAGGGUUUUCGAGCUAGGUGUGGAUGAACUCGGUAGGUUAGACAACCUGGCGAAGAUUGAAGGGAGAAGAUUUAAUAGGCCAAAUUGGGGUACUGUGGUUUUUCACGAUGACGAUCACAGCGUUGCAUAG